CAAAAUACAAAAUUAUGUGAUGUUAUUUACGUUCCAGGAUUGUCAACAAACCUUAUUUCUGUUGGGAAAAUGGCUUCAAAGGGACUUGAAGUGCAUUUUAGUGCACAGAAAUGUAACAUUUAUUGUGGUAAGAUUGCAGUUGCCAGCGCUACAAUGGUCAACGGUGUCUAUCAGUUAGACGUGGGAUGUCAGCAGCCGACUAGUAAACGCGAGCUAUGUGCGACGAGUUACUCAGUGACUGCGAAUGGACUAGAUAUCCAACCGUCAGGUAGAGAACGACCGGAGAUUGCGAAUUUGUGUGAGACAAAGUCAUUGCAGCAGUUAUGGCAUCGUAGGCUUGGGCAUCUGAAUAAGCGAAGUAUGGAUCUACUACAACGAGUUCCAGAGUUUUCUUCAAGAGCAUGGCAUCAAGCAUCAGACGACUAUACCGUACUCACCACAGCAGAAUGGCGUGGCAGAACGGGCCAAUCGCACAAUUAUGGAGGCAGGGCGAUGUAUGCUGCAAGAAGCAGGACUAGACCGAAGAUUUUGGGCAGAGGCACUAAAUACGGCAAUAUACAUUAAAAAUAAGUCACCAAGUAAAGCAGUUCGGGGCAUGACUCCUGAAGAAAAAUGGUCAGGUAACAAAGUAAAUUUAUCUAAUUUGAAAGUAUUUGGCUGUGUGGCUUAUGCUUUGACUCCCAAUGAAAAACGCAAGAAACUAGAUGCAAAAAGUAAGCAGUUUGUGUUUGUGGGUUAUUGUAAUGAAUCAAAGGGAUAUAGGCUAAUUGAUCCAGAAAAUCCCUCUAAAUGUGUCAAAUCUAGAGAUGUGCAAUUUUUAGAAGAGAAAAUGUACAAAGCUUUGAAUACAAAUCAGGAAAAUUUCACUAUUACUGAUUGUCAAAUGAAUUUCACUAAUGAUAAUGUGAAUGAUAUAAACACAACCGGAAAUAAUAGCACCAGUUCACCAACUAAAACAUAUGUUGCGAAUUCUUCAGAUUCUGGCUCUGA